GACAGAGUGUGAAGGGUCCUGCAGACUGAGGAGAAAGAAUAGAGGUCUGGCAACUUCACAGACAGACAGACGGACAAGCUGUGGAUUUACUGAUAAACUUAACUUCAGUCCAGGCUCCUUGAUCCACGGUGGACUGUGGGUGACUCUCAGGGAGAGUUUUACUGCUUCAUUGUGUGAGAGAAAGGACUUUUCUCUGAGAUAUGACUCUGAAAGGAUUCAUAAGCAGACCAUCACCUUUUCCUGAGAGAGGACUAUACUUUGAAUGAAUACUUUUGCUAACAUUAGUUGGAUGUUAAAGGGGUCUUUACACUGCGUUUUCACCCCUCAUUAAAACCUUUUAAAAGUUGAUCAAACUUUUUUGGAGUUGGAUCUGCUAUCAUGGCUUUGGGGGGACACUGCUCCUUUUGCUGGUGGGUUUGGGGAUUCACUCUGGUAUAUCUCUUCCAGCCUUGCAGCAGUCAGCAUGAUCGAGGAAUUUCCAUCCCCGAGCAUGGCUUCUGCCAGCCCAUCUCCAUCCCCCUGUGCACUGACAUUGCCUACAACCAGACCAUCAUGCCCAACCUGCUGGGGCACACCACCCAGGAGGACGCCGGGCUCGAGGUGCACCAAUUUUAUCCUCUGGUCAAAGUCCAAUGCUCCUUGGACCUUAAGUUCUUCUUGUGCUCCAUGUACGCGCCGGUCUGCACCGUUCUAGACCAGGCAAUCCCUCCCUGCAGGUCUCUGUGUGAGCGGGCUCGGCAGGGCUGUGAGGCACUCAUGAACAAAUUUGGAUUCCAGUGGCCCGAGAGGCUGCGCUGUGAGAACUUUCCCAUUCAUGGGGCAGGAGAGAUCUGUGUCGGUCAAAACACCACCGAAACCGAGGGCCCCACCUCCGACCCCACCCCAAGUCUUUCUGAGCUUGUGACCUUUCCUCCAUACAUUUGGGGCAACCAGCCUUUCUUCUGCCCCCUGCAGCUCCAGGUGCCCUCCUACCUGAAUUAUCACUUCCUUGGAGUGAAGGACUGUGGCUCCCCCUGUGAGCCCUCCAAACCCAAUGGGCUGAUGUAUUUCCAAGAGGAUGAGCUAAAGUUUGGGCGGCUCUGGGUUGGAACCUGGUCUAUUCUAUGUUGUGUCAGCACCCUUUUCACUGUCCUCACCUAUCUGGUGGACAUGAAGCGGUUCCGAUACCCAGAGAGACCAAUCAUCUUCCUGUCAGGCUGCUAUUUCAUGGUGGCGGUGGCGUACAGCGCUGGCUUCCUGCUGGAGGACCGAGUAGUGUGUGUGGAUAGGUUUAAAGAGGAUGGCUACAAGCUGGUGGCUCAAGGCACCAAGAAGGAGGGUUGCACCAUCCUGUUCAUGAUCCUCUACUUCUUCGGCAUGGCGAGCUCUGUGUGGUGGGUGGUCCUUUCUCUCACUUGGUUCCUGUCUGCUGGGAUGAAAUGGGGUCACGAGGCUAUAGAAGCGAACUCGCAGUACUUCCACCUGGCAGCCUGGGCGGUGCCAGCGGUGAAGACCAUCACCAUCCUGGCUAUGGGACAGGUGGACGGUGACCUGCUCACUGGUGUCUGCUACGUGGGGAUCUACAACGUGGAUGCACUGCGUGGUUUCGUGCUGGCACCUCUGUUUGUCUACCUCUUCAUCGGAACUUCUUUCCUGCUAGCUGGCUUUGUAUCACUCUUCCGUAUCCGCACCAUCAUGAAGCACGACGGCACAAAGACCGAGAAGCUCGAAAAGUUGAUGGUGCGAAUUGGUGUGUUUAGCGUGCUGUACACAGUGCCUGCCACCAUCGUGAUCGCCUGCCAUUUCUAUGAGCAGGCCUUCAGGUCGCAGUGGGAGGUAACCUGGCACAUGCAGACCUGCAAGCACUUUGCUGUGCCAUGCCCAGCAUCAAACUUUGCAUCAAACACGCCAGACUUCACCGUCUUUAUGAUCAAGUACUUGAUGACCCUUAUUGUGGGCAUAACAUCAGGGUUCUGGAUCUGGUCAGGGAAAACUCUACAGUCGUGGCGUCGUUUUUAUCAAAGACUGAUCAAUAGCAGCCAGGGUGAAACCACCGUGUAGUACCGAAGAAAUUAAAAACCUCUAACAGCCUGAGGUUGAUGGACUACUUGAGUUAAAGGAGACACUAUUUUAGGGCUCAGUGGAUCUUCGAGUCUUUUGGAUCUCAGUGUACAUACAUGUAAGAAACUGUAUCAUAAAAAAAAAAAACUUUGAAAAGUUAAAAAGGUGUAAGUGGACGUCAGAUUUUAAGAAUCAGACUCAAACUGGAUUAUCAGCCUCCGAAGAACUCAGUGAACUUUUUAUUUCAUGGGUCUGCCAUGGAUCUGGAAGUUUCCUGUUCUGUUUUUGUUUUUUGUUUUUAAUAGAAGAAGUAAACAAACCAAACAAACAAACAAAAAAAAAAACCACCACUUUGAUCUGUGGAUAAAUCUGAUUUAUUUGUCCAAAUCUUAAGAUGUGUUUUGUCCUUCCAAAAGAUCCAAAAGCCUUAAAUUCAUAUUAAAUAUUUCAUUUUUGUUCAAAAAUACUGGGGAAAUUUCCUCCAAAUUUCCCUGUAACUGACUUCAUGAUUAAUAGAUUCAUUAAUUAGUUAUGGAUUGGUUAGUCUAUAAACAAUCGCUUUGUCUUGUUUGGUUUGCCUGUGGUUGAUCUGGACCUUCAUUUCACUGCAUAUGUCGUUACAAGUAAAAGUGCUGCAUUCAAAAGCCUCCUUAGAUAAAAGUCAAGGAUGGACUCCAACUGUUCUACAUCAAUGAUGAUGUGGUUGGUUAUUUUUUGUUAUUGUUGUUUUCUUUAAUAUGCUAUUUAUUUCCCUAAUUUGUUCAAAGAAAGCUUCACUAUAUUAACAUUGUAGAAAUAUGAAAUAAGUUGUCGGAAUAACAACAAAAUUACAGAUGAGAGCGGUAAAAUUCAUAGAAAUUUAAACUCAAUCCAAUUAUAAACUCAGCAGUUAUAAGAACAGCAGAAUAAACAUAAAAUAAUUUUUUUUGUUGUCAUUUUUCUUUUUCUUUCUGUAACAGUGGUGUCAUGUGAUGUCGCCUUCUCUAAAACACAAACUCUCUCCCCGUCAGGCUGUGGCAGGGUUAGUUCAGCAAGAUGACAGGAAGACCAAGUUUUAACAACAAAAUCACUAAAACUGAAUCUUUGGAAACAGUCUUGCCAAAAAAAGUUUUAAUUGAAAGUUAUAGAUGCUUGAUGUUGGGAUAUGGGGUUUGAUAAUUAAAUAAAUGUUUUAUACUUAUUAUGUUUAUAACACAAUAAAACUGUGUGGAGGGGCAGACUAAAGCAAAAACAGAAUAAUAAUAUAAAAAUUCAGGGAAUGUGGCUAAAUUCUAGGCCACUGUUCAUGGAAACUAAUAGAAGGUAUGUGUUGAUUGUGGCUGCCACAGUAUCAGAAUAUCACUACAUCAUUUAUUCCAUGUUUUUGGCAACUAAAUUAAACUUAAAGAGCAAUUAUUUAGGAUUCAAUGUAAGUUCCUGGCAUGAUAUUAGUGUUGUAUUUUCUGCCAUCAUAUUCAGUAUAUAGCAACAGCCAAGACUGUGAAGUUCAACUGUGAUCCAUAUUAUUAAUGCAGACAUUUUGGACUCAUCAGUCUGUCUCAAUACUGCAUUUUCAAAGUCUGUUAUAAUAUAUAAUAUAUAAUAUAAUAUACAGGCAUAAUUUUUAAUGACACUAUUCAAAGACUUAUACUGUUUUCUUUAUCUAUAGCAGGCAUUUUAAAAGAUUUUUGUGUCGUUAAUCAUGAUUUGAAUAAUUUUAUGCUAAAACUAAUCUCUCUUAAUUUGGACAUUAGGUUAGGACAUCAUGGCUUCAGCUGCAGUAAAUCACGAUUAGUGACCCAUGGUUCACUGUGAAACGUCACAUUAUAGUAAUUAGAUGUGUAAGAGUUACAGUCAAAGGAAAGCCUUUAAUAAAGUGUUAAUAAAACAGACCUAUAGUUCACAGAGCUUUCCAGUCACCUCACCAAAUUCACAGCAGAAAACAUUUUUACCAUUAAAAAUGUCUCCACAGCACUUAGUUCACAUGAAAUUUAAAAACAGGAGCUUCAGAGCACAAUAAUCAUCACCUGCAACUAUGUUUCUGCAGUUCGCUGUAACUCUCAUAGAAACUCUGUCCUGUCUGAUUUGUAAUUCAUUCAUCAAGUCGCUGCUCUUUUAUUUGACCUUCAGCCCACCAGAAAACAUACCAGAACCAAUGGCUUUAAAGUAUUUAUUUUUACAGGUUGACUGUUUCACCGUUUUGAGACAUCAACAGCAAAAAGCUACAUCCACAAUUUUUCUCUCUGAGGAAUUUUGAUGUCCAGGACCAAAAGUGAGAGAAUAUCAUGAAUGUAACGGAGUUCAGUAUUAUUUAAGGCUUAAAAUAAAAGUCAAGGUAUUUUAAAAUCAGCGUUAUAAGAGGCUGGAUGCUGUUGUAAUCCAGUUACAUGUUAGUUGAUGACAUCAGCAGAGGUGACUGAGUCAGGAGAGGUCACACUUUAAUGAUUUUCUUAGAGCUGGAAGAGGGCUGUCUUAGUAAUGAUAUCAGUGUGAGGUUUGAAGCUCAAGUCAGAGAUUAAAAUAACUUCAGGUUCCAUCAUGUCAGCUGAUAUGUCAAAUUUAUAAAUGAGCUGAUUGGUUUAUUUAUUGAUCUUUGACAUCAAACACUGGAUAUUAUUUGUGAACAAAAUGUUUUUUCUACACGAUGUUUUCUGCCCAUUAGUUACUUACCAGGAAAAAAAGGGUUUGUUAAAACAAAACUUUAUUAAUGAUUAAGCUGGAGGAAGCAAGUUAUUUUCAACUAAUUUCUUCUUCACUGGUGUAAACAGCCGCAAGAUUUCUGAAAUCAAUCAACAGAUUCAAGUCCACCAAUGUUUUAUGAGAACAGUUUAAUGACUGAGCUCACACUUAGUUGUUACUCAAGGGUUUCCGGCAUUAUGGGAAAUGUAGUUCCAACAGUAAAUUGUGUACUAUUUAUUUACACUUAGAAAAUCUGAAUUGUAUUAGUCUAUGCCCUGUACAAAGAAUUUAUGUUACUAUUCUGUUUAUAUUUGUAAAAAUGUGGAGUUUUCAUUAAUUAAUAAGAAACUUUAUUUAUAAAGCAUACAUAAAACAAACAACAAACAUAAAAAUCACGUAGUAACAUAAGAAGACAUGAUCAUGUGCAGUACAUGUUGUUAGGGUGAUAAAAUCAGUCAAACAAUCUCAAACAUUUUUCCCUUCAGGAGGUUUUGUUGAUUAUUUUUAGGAGCUUAUGUCUGACUUUUAAAGUUAAAUGUUUUUUCUAUGUGGUGGUUGAGGAAAGUGUUUAUACCAGUGUCAUGUUUAUAAAUGUAUUUAUGUUUAACGAGCAUCAUGUUUGUUUUUCUGUGAUGGUAUCUGUCUUCAGCUCGUACAGUUUUUCAGAAUAAAAUGCUCAAGUUUGUAACUUUUGAA